AGUAACCUCCGCAGCACCAUCAUAGCAUGACUCUCUGAGGGAGGAUCCGCUGACAGAGACAGUCCAGACCAUCACAUAGGCUAUAAAAAAGAGCAAAAGUCCGGCCUCGAUCACCACAGUAAACCGGUAUUUAUCAUAAAAGCCUGCUUUGUUAGCCUGUUAGCUAGCCGACGUUAGCAUUAGCAAUCACUCGUAGAUAACCUGGAUCCUGAUAAAAACAUACUAAUCCGCUUUGUGGCAAUCUGGAGGCAUUAUUAAGCGGCGCAGCUUCGUUCUGCGUUAAAAUGUCGCUUCUGUGAUGCCAAAAAAGAGAAACGGUGUCAAUUAUCCUGCGAUAUGACAUCCAGCGUAAGCAAAACAAAUCUCCAAUACGGAUAUGUGUGUGUCUGGGAGAAGGACGCUGAUUGGUCCGGUGGCACCCUGUGACAGCUACGUCAUACAGGAAGUUCUCAACCUGCUGCUGCUGCUGCUGCUGCAGGACAAUCGGAGCAUCUUCUUGCUGCAACAUCAGCCCAGCUAACCUGAAACCAAACAUGACAAAACCUACAAGGCGAUUCACCGGACAGAUUCAGGUAAAGGAGUCUUGUUUUUAUGUGCAGCUUACUGUCAAAAGCAUGAAACACGCCCAAGGCAGGGAAUAGCAGAAAACAAAGGAUGAAACCCGGCCUCUCUCUCCAUCUCUCUCUUUCUCUCUGUCAGUCAGUCUAUGCUAAUGCUGGUUUCUAUCAGCAGGGUUGAACCAUGUGGUGAGGAGCGGUAUGCCAUGCAGAGGAGACACAGCAGCAACACGGAUGGCAUGCCCUCUGAAAGGUGGGGAUUAAAGGUCUUAGGAGCAGCAAAUACAAACACACUGAGGUUAUUUUAUGUGAAAGCUCUUCUAAAGGUACCAUCAUCCACAACCCCAAUCCCAAAUGACUCAGUGCACGGUGUAAAAUGAUUAUCAAAACAUAUGCUGGUGAUUUGCACAUCAUGUGUAUGAGCAUGUGUAUGAUUGUGUUGCAUCACCUCUUCUUUCAAUAACACCCCUUAAAUGUAUUGAAAUCACAAAGACUGGUUGCAGAAUUUGGUCCAGCAUAGUCUUCUUCAGCAAGGUGUUACCUAAGAAAGUCAUUGUUUGAAUGGCAGCAUAUGAUACUCCAAAACCUGCAGGGGAGAGUGGGGUAAGAUGAGCCAUUUUUCAUAUUUCAUACAUCAAGGCGAUCAUAGUUUUGUCUCUAACUAGUGUAUCUGCAUAUAUUUCAAGAUGUUGUGAAUCCCUGCAAACCAACAAAAUGAGUGUAAACAUAACUGUCUUAAAAGUGGUCUCCUAUGGUCAAUUUACCCUGUGUAUGGGGUAAGUUGACCAUAGGAGUGGGGUAAGUUGAGCCGUAUCCCUACUACCUCUUCACUCUCCACCCCAGCCCUCCCUCACCUUCUCUCUCCCUAAAUAAUAGUCACUUCUCCACAUUUAUGUGUAUUUUUAUCUAUUAUACGCUAUUCAACUGGUACAGUAACUGCUAAAAAGCUGUUUUGUAAAAAGCCAUUUUAACACGAGAAUGUCUUUAAGUGAUUCAGAACAUUCACAGCUGUAUUUUUGAAAAGAAAAAGUAAGACAUUUCAACAAUGUGAACUGAAACUCUGAUCCUCUCAUCAGACUCUUUUACUUUCUCAGUUGAGCCGCUGGCUCAACUUACCCCUGAACUACUAUUAUGACUUUAUUAGUCCUCUAAGCUAAAAUGGUGGACUUUUAUGCUCAUAGAUACCACAAUCGAUGUAUAAAACAAAUUUAAAAUUAUCUUUUUUGGUCUGAACACAAUUCUAAUUAAACUUAUGACAGACUAAAUUCACUUUGAAGAGUGAAAAAUGUUUUUUUGGUAAUAAAUGUCUAACCCCUUCACCCAUGUGUUUCUAACCUUCACAGACUCCACGAAUUGUUGCCCAUCUCCUAAAUAUUUGGUCACAUGAUUAAUUUCUUUUACCAUUACCAAUUCCAAUUCAAAUGAGCUCAGACCAAGAGAACUCACUUUUGCAUUUAUGUUUUUUUCUUUGCAUGGUGCAGUUUUAACCUUCAAUUGUGGAUGCAAUGACAAGACGUGACAGCAAAUGUGGUUUUGAGCCCAUGCAGUGAUUCCCACUACAGAGUCAUAGCUGCUUUUAAUGCAUUGUGAUCUAAGGGCCCCAAAGAUCAUAGCUAUCUUGGAUUAAUCAUUGGCCUCAUCCAUUUUUGGCUCUGAUAUUUCUACAGGGGUUGACCAAUAUGACAAAUAAAAGGAUGCUUCUUCCAGGAUUAUGAUUUUUCUUAGUAUCCUCUCCUUUUUUUCCACUCAGGAGCCGAAGCCAAACUCUGGGAUCAGAGAGCAGUCUGGAUGAGGGUGGUGUGUUUGACUGCCUGAAACCCGACUCACCCACUUCCCCCCAGCAGAUCUUCUCUGGCUUGGUUGGUGUCCCCUCCAGCUCUGUCUCCUCUGCCCAGUUUCAAGCUGCCGGUUUAGUCCUGGGCUCCCCCCCUGAAGUUUUUAUCCAGAUGACUGCGUCGUCCAGAGAGGAAGGUGGCUCUCACCGCACAGAGGGUGGACCUUUUCUUCCUCGCCAACCCCCGCACCACCAUCAUCAUCACCAUCACUUCCAUCACCAGCCCCUUCAGCACAGGACCUCCUCCCUGCUCCAGCAGGCAACCACAGGGGCUGCUUCAGAGAGGCACAGCUCCAGGGAGGAGACCCAGGAGGACCCAUCCACUCCUGCUCCAGCCCUGUCUGAGUUAAAGGCAGUGGUGACGUGGCUGCAGAGGGGCUUCCCAUUCAUCCUUAUUCUGCUGGCUAAGGUCUGCUUCCAGCAUAAGCUAGGUAGGUUGACUUUCAGAGUAGUGGUCUUAUUUCUCAAUAAAAAUCAGCAGCAUGACACCUGGUUGAGUAAUGAUUUAACAUCUCUCUUUUGCAGGUAUUGCUGUGUGUGUGGGCAUGGCCAGCACAUUCGCCUAUGCCAAUUCAACAUUUAGGCACCAAGUUUCAUUACGGGUAAAAGUCAUUUUCUUCCUGUGCUUAAAUACGUUUAAAGACACUUUGAGCAGUUUUUAAUAGGGUAGGUUUCAGGCUCAAACUGAGGCCUCUUUAUGACCUUCAAAAGAAAACAAGACCACCAGAAGCAAGGUAGAAAAUAAUUCUGGUCUAGUUUUGGAUGCUUGAAAUCUGUGCGAGGGAGGAGGGGCAGACCAGAUGAUUGACAGCAGGCUGAGGAAACGGCUUAAAAACACAAAAAACAAAAAUACUUGUAUUUCACAGUGAUUGAUACUUUUAAUUGUCUUAAAAUGACAGAAAGAGGUAUUUGUCUAAAAAUUUCAAGAUGAGGUAUGACCUCAGACCGAUGGGGGCGCCAGAAUCGACACAAACCCAAAGAUCCUCAUGGCAGCUUAAAAGAAAGUGAUGUUUAAAACAGCCAGUGUGGUAGUUCAGUUCAGUUUGUUUUUGUCUCCAGGAGGAACGCUCUGUUUUCAUCGCUCUGUGGAUCCUCAUGUUCCUCUCAGGGAAUGUCGUCUACAUCUACUAUACCUUUAGUCAGGAGGAGCUGCACAACAGGUCUUUCAAACACAACUAUAUUUUUUAGAGUAUUCUCUGUGUUUCUUUACCUGCCAUCUUUAGUUAGACUCAGUUUUGGUUUUCAUUCAUUUCUGCGCAUGUAUGAGCCAUUUUAUUUUUACAUCCAUUUCCUUUAGGAAGUGUUCCUGUUCUUGUUUGGUCUUGUUCUGUGAGUAUUUUGUAUUUAUUUCAUUGCUUUGUUUCUUACAUUUUGUUGCUCUGUUGUCAUUCCACUGUCCUGAGAGAAAGCAUCAAAUCCCUCCUGUUAAAAAAAGUCCUCAACAUGCUCUUUCCCUUCAUAUAUAUAUAUUUCAGCCUCAUGUUUGCCAAGCCUAACCUCAGCAGCUUUGAUUUCUUCGACCUGAUCUGGGCCGUGGGUAUCACUGACUUUGUUCUGAAGUACUUCACCAUCGGACUGAAGUGCUUCGUUCUCUUUCUGCCUAAGAUUCUUCUGGCCUUUAAAUCCAGGGUAAGAACCCUACAGUCAUUGCUCUCAGACCCUUAAAACACUGAUAGAAUCUGGGACUGUUGAUGUAUAUAUAUUUUUAUAUAUUUGCAUGACAUACAGAUAGUGCAUUCCUGCAACAGUUGCAGAGCUGCAGGAUGUGAAGUUUUUUUUAUUAAUUGUUAAUUAUUAAUUUAUUUAUUGUUUAUGCAAUUUUAACUGAAUAUUAGAUUUUAUCUUUUACAGCACAAUUCUCAGUUUCAGAAUUUGAUAUCUUGUCAUUGCACUACUUUUAAUUGUAUAUGGGCUUAAAGUGAUUUUACCACCACCAAAUUCUGUUUUCAUAAACCUUCUGCAGUGUCCCAACUUUUUACGAGUGGGAGUUUUAGUUUUUAAUUGCUGUUUAUAACUGGUCUUAGUCGGAGCCCAGCAUGCAUAUGAUUGCAGUUUCUGGCACAGCCAGUUCAUGCCAGCCUUUUGUAAAUUUGAUCACCUGUCCAAAACAAGAUUUAUACAAAAGUCUGAUCCAAACUGAAUAAUCUCAUGUGGCUGUAACUCUGCACUUUCUUCCAGCUGCUCCACAGUAACAGUGUAAGGGUGGCUUUAAAUGAGUUACCGAGUGUGUAAAAUCUUGUGUUGCACAGAUGGAAAGACUUGAAAACUCAAUUUAAGUUCCUGGUUUUCUACCACAUUCAUGUCCACCCUUCACAGGUCAUAAACAAUGAUCAAGUCACAGGAAGUUCAGUUGAAGUUGUGAAACUUUUUCCAAAUUUAAGAAAAGAAGAAAUGCUGAACUAUGAUGAAAUACUCCACUGAGUGAAGAAAGCGCUAAAGGGUCACAGUGUGAAACUGUUUUGUAUUCAUAAGGUUUUAAAUGGUACUUCCUUAGGUGAGCUUGUGUGUGGGGAUGUCUGUGUGAAGGCUUUGUGUUGCCUCAGGCUACAGAAUAUGUCUGCAAACACUCACAGACUCUGAUAGAGAUAGUUUGAUUUCCAUACAGGUGCAGGGUGGAGAAGAAGAGGAGAAGUGUGUGUUUGUGUGUGGGGGGGGGGGUAUUAGGAUUACAUUUUCCACUGAUAAACAGACCUACAGGCCUGUCAGAACCACAGCCGCCUGCAACUGAGCUCAUUUACCCUCGAGGGGGUUACAGGGGUGAGGUCAUCCCUCCCUGGAGCUGGACCAUUACCUGAACCCUCCACUCACGCACACACACACACGCACACGCACGCACACACAAAACACCUGUAAACUACACACACAUAAAGAGUUGGACAGAUUUGAUAGGAUACAUGGUCACUCUCUUCUAUUAUUUUGAAAGGCUGAACAGUCAUGUCUAUUUUGAACUCCUAUGAAGUCACUCCAUCAGCCCGUCCACUUCAUUAAAGCAUCUAGCAGCAGAUAAACUGAUGAUCCUACAUAAUCAGAGCAAGUCUGCACAAGUGAGGAUGCACACAGAAGCUUCAUCAAGGCUUUGUUUUCGCUUUAAAUCAUAUCUGCUGCUACUCUUAGAGUCCAUUAAAAGUAUGUUGUUCACCAGUAUUUUCAUUAUUGUGCAAUCCUCUGAGUUUCGUGAUACAUGAAGUAGUUCCUGAAUUUAGUCAUCUCUAAUAACCAGUUUAUUUUUGUUCUGCUGGUGUUCAUUGACAUGUCAUCUGUAGGCUGCACACUCUAUAUUUCCUUUCUGAUACCUCUCAAUAGCUUUACGUGCUUUUCAGAUGACAAAAGUCUAAAAUUUCUCACUCUGGUGUAUUAAAGCAUCAUUAUUUCAACCUCUGUCUGAAAUGCUUCAUUUUAGCUGCUGUCUCUUUAAGGCCACCCAAUCUUAAAAGUCGUCCUUGUUGGUUUUCAAAGAGCAAAAACAAAUCCCAAAUUCAUCCUUUGUCCCUGAAAGACAGUAAAAAGGAGAUGGUAGGACUGGCAGGAGGAGGAUUAACUAUACACACAGCGCCUUCCACAAGCUGAUCAGGAUGAAAAUUGAGAACAGAUAUCUUUUCUCCAACUUUCACAGGAUUUCAUACAACAAAAACUCUACAAUUGUAAGCUCAAGCUGCCGAGGAGAUUCCAGUUACCCCCAAGAAAGGUUAUACAGAAAAAUAGUCCUGUGAUUUUAAAUUUGAAGUUACGAUUGAUGUUUUUGCCAAAGCUUUGUAUUUAUUAUCCACCUGACAAAAGCAAAGUGAUGACGCCAAGCAGGAAACUAGUCAAACACAGCUCACAAUGGAGCUUACUCAAACUCCUUGGCUUCUUUCCAAACUUUAAAUUUGACAUUUUUUUCUUUUUUUGCGUGGGCGUGAUGGGCACUGUGGGAUAUGAGGCUGAGGGGACAAUAAGGAAGACGAAUUAGCCACUAGCAGAGGUCUUCCUCCCCUACCAACCUGGCUGCUCCAGGCUCUUUAUCCACAGUCAUCAAUCUUUGUCAGCCAGCAUCCAGGAAGUCAUUAUACAAGCUGGGAUGCUGCAGGGGCCAUCAGAGAAUCAAGUCUGCCUUCAUUUUGGUCACCUCUGUUAUUUUACUGCCCCCAAUUCACUUUUUAGACUUCGUGUCAGUGGGGACUUACUCUGAAGUUCAUUCCUUCUGUGUGAUUAUUCAGGGGAGGGGAGGUUCUUGAAAGGCAGCUAGCAAGCCCCCCGUAGGGCUGGGUUUAAUGCGGGCACUGGGUAGCAGGUGGAAAGAGCCGCUGCCAGUUUCCCUUGCAGUGUGGGGAAAUUGCUUGUACUGCUGUGAAACUGCAGAGCUCUGGACAGCAGCCAUGUUUGGGCUGGAGGCGUGCUGUUUUAAGCUUUUAAUACCGCACUGCUCUUGACUAGAUAGAAGAGUCCCCUGAAGCUGUUGAGUUCUUUCUGCUGUUUGGACAGUAAGUUAGUGGAUCACAGACAGAACACAGUCUCAGUUUAGAAAUCUUCAUUUUGUCGAAACUUGACUGUACCUCAAGGAGCUUUGGUUGGCUGGGGAACAAAGAAAUUAAUACUGUUGCCUCUCUUCGACCCAUAAAAGCAAACUGAAGUGAAAGAGACUGAGUGUUUUUAGCUGCUACCCUUGAGAAUGAAGAAUUUAACUUCUAAUUAUUGAGCAUAAAGUUUGAUUGAAGCUCUCCUCUUUUGUGUAUUCUCACCAGGGGAAGUUCUACCUGCUGAUCGAGGAGCUGAGCCAGCUGUUUCGGGCCCUGGUGCCCAUCCAGCUGUGGUACAAGUACAUCAUGGGAGAGGACCCGUCCAACAGUUACUUCCUGGGAGCCACUCUCAUCAUUAUCUACAGCCUCUGCAAGGUAACCAGUGCCAGGGCAUCCAAAUAUUUGGACACCCCCCAAAAUAAAGAGCUGGAGAGACAUUGUGAUAUUGCUGUUGCUCUUUGGUGUUUCAUAAAGUUUGAUGUGAAAGUCAUAACGUCAUUACAGUCAAAUCAAUUAUUUCCACCACAUUUCACAUCAACUAUGUAAAAUUCACACAUUAAAAAAAGACAAGACUUCUAGUUCAUGCUACAGCCUUAUCAGUCAGUGCGUCCAUUUACUUUAAAAUGUCCAUUUCUGUCAGGACGGAAAGCAUAUCGGCACUCUCCUCGUCGUUCCAAAAGUAGACAUUCUUUCAUGCUUCAGCCAUGUUGAAGUUGCUUCUGAGUCGAAAGUUCUUUAAAUGAUAGUGCCACUUCUUUGGCGUGGCGCACGCACACAUGCAUUGUCCGAUCAUACUUCGACUACGCUGGUUACAUGGUAGAGAAAAUCGAAUUCCAAUCGCAUUAUCUGGGUGUCCUAAUCAGAAUUCUCCAAUCGGAGUUCUCAAACUCCGAUUACAGUCGGACUUGGGUGUUUACAUGCACUUCAGUUGUCCGGUCUUAAAUGGAGUAAGGCAAUAAUUGGGUUUUCUCAAGUGUCAUGUAAACGUACUGACUGAGAACUCAUUGUUCCCAGAAGAUGAUCCCUGAAGUCAGUGGUGAUUCCCUUACAUACUUACAUAUUCAGCUACUAGUGAACUGACAGCUUUUUCGUUGGAAUUCCAUAACAUUAUGAUUCAUUAUCCACUCAGGAUGAACCUAGCCACUUUGAAUACCUGAGAAGAGAGGGACAGCAUUCUCUCUGUCAAAUAAACUGCUGUUUUGGAGGCCUUAACAUGACCCAAAACAUACCUAAUUUUGCACAUUUCAAAAUGAGCUUCACUUGACAAAAAAAUCCCCUUGUACCCAAACCUGACAGGGGUCAUCAAAAAUCCAAAUUAGCCCUCCCUUUGUAUUGGAAAGAAUAAGGGGUUUCAUUUUAUCAACUCCAAAUAUGGACAGGGUAUUGUUGAUUCAUUGAAGACCAAAAAACGUUUUGAGCCUAGAGAGCUUGUAAGUUGGUGUGGCCCUUUAAAGAUAGGAAUGUCACCAUGAGACAUGAAGUUGGUUUAACUCAGCUAUGCAUGUUCCAAUCUGACCCAAACGAAUAGUAGUAUGUUAAGGGUUCAGGCCUGAGGACUUUCAUAUGGGAAUAUUUGAUCUUAGUUAUAGCGCCCCCUAUAGCAGGGGGUACAGGCACUAAAUCUUGACGUGUGCAAAAGUGCGAGGGCUUGUUCAUGGAUGCUUAUGGCUUUAUCAUCUUUAGAUUCCUGACCUGUGGAAAACACUGUUACACCAUCUGAAGAUUGAAGAUUAGCAUGUUUCCAUGCUGGUAUCCGCUUUUAGCUCACAUCCUACUGUAAAGGAGUAUAACUCAUUUGUUGGGAUAUUGAGAAUUAUCGGUGUUCGUAUAAAUCGAGAAAAUAGAAACUAUCUGCAUUAUUUCUGCCACUCCUGGUGACACUGAACGUAAGAGGUUGUGGGUUUUUCUGGGGAAAUAUUAAAGCUAUGAGUCACAACAACAAACAAUAAGCUGAAAUAGUGAAACACAGUGGAAGUUGAAAAAAUGAAACUCUGAUGUAAUGUACUCAGCAAGGCUGUUACCAACAAUGUGUCAUCCUGCGUGCGAUGUGUUUUCAAAUAUAGCUUAAGCUUUUUUAAUGACUGUAGUCACUCAGCGGAUGUGGUCGCUGAUUACAGCCAUAUUUGAGCCAAAAGGGUUGGACAGUUAAAGGGGUGUGUGCUCUGACGUACAGAACAGUGGUGUUUUCCAUCAUCAGCCCAUAUUAGGGCUGCGUCAGGCUGAGGUGACGGAUGUGAAUCAGUUGUUGAUGGACAUCAUGUUUGUCAUGCCCCUGUGUCGCAAUUAGUUACAAUUUGUAGGUGUUGAAAGGAAAGGGCCUUCCUUUAACGGAAAGGAAAUAUUUACGUGUGAUUUCCAAGAAAUCAAGAACGUUUAAAAACUACAAAUGACUCGAGGUUUAAAAGUAAACUUUAGACUUUAUUUUUAACUAAAUUAAAUGAGAAUGUCAUAGUUAUUAUGGUAAUGGUGCUCACUGUUGUUAAGCUCACACUUUUGGUCCCCAGAGGAGACUGGAAUAAAACUUUCAAAGGACUCAGAUUAGACACACUCUCACAAUUUAAGACAAUAUGUCACCAUCUUUAUUCUGAGCCCAUAAGAAGAAGAACUUUAUUUAUCCCUGAGGGGAAAUUUAGUAAUAACAGACUUUUCAUGCAAUUUUGAAGUCACACAAACUUCCAAAAUCAUAAGAGUUUUAUAAAGGUCAGGGGGUGCUCUUGUCGUCUCUGUUGUUCAGUGCAGGGUGGUCUUAAAAUUUAUUCAAGACUGUUUUUUGCCCCUGUCUUGGUGUUACGAUGCAAUUAAACCUGUUUCAUAUUCAAAGUCUACGAUGGAGGAUAGAGUGGGAAACAGGAGAGAGAGUGAGGAUUGAGGGAAAAAGUCUGUGAUUACUGCGAUAAAAUUCACAUGAUUUGAUUCUUACCUUGGAAAAUUUGAAAAUCACUUGAGGUGUUUGGUUUAAGGCUGGCAUUAAGUAACCCUUUGAGUUUUCACAGAGCAUCACUAUCAUGUUUAUGUUUGUGGUUUUGAGUGAAAUGUUGCAACAGAAUUUGAAUUAGUUUGGAUUUUUGUGACAUUGGGUUGAGUUGUUCUUAGUCACUACAAACAUGAACUUUGUACUUUUUGGUGAUUCUUUCACUUCCCACCCACUUUCAUAAUCAAGUCUGAGUUGUCCAGGAUCUCAUAUCAAAAGCACUAACUUCCUAUCAUCCCCAGCUGCACCUUUAAAGAGAGGAUCUUAGCAUAUCAAUACUUAAACCCAGGCAAUGAGCUUUAUAAUGAUUGUUUCUAUUCAGCAACAUACAGGUGUGCUUCAAAAAGAUUGUUUAUGAUUAUAAUAAUAUAAAAAUUAAACUAACAAGUACGAGGAGAGUGCUACAUCUUUGCUGAAAAGCUUCAUGUAGUUGCUUUUUUCUGCUUUCUUUCAUUCACAGUCCUUUGACAUCUGUGGCCGUGUGUCUGCCAUACGAAAAGCCGUGGUCAUUCUCUGCAGCUCCCAGGUCAGAAACAGAUGUAAACCACUUUAAAUAUCUAAGUAAACACCCACACAGAUAAGCACAAGUUUUAGUUUUUAUGUGUUAAAUUCAGAAUUUAACCAGAAAGGUUUCAUCUUGAAAGUACAACUAUAACUUUUCUCUUUCUCUUUUCUAGAGUUAUGGAGUGAGGGCAGGAAUUCAGCAGUGUAGUGAAGCUGGUGAUGUUUGUGCAAUCUGUCAGGCUGAUUUCAAAGACCCCAUUGCCCUGCUCUGUCAGGUAAGGACUCCUCAAAGUACGGUAGUUAGAAAAAGUCUGAGUAAGCCUCAAUCAUUAAGAGGAACAGAUGAACUAAUUUAGAGAGAGUUGAAGCUGAAAAGAAAGUGUUUGCUGCCCUCUUUGGUUAAAUCUGAAGCCUGCCGACACACUGUUUGUUUCAUCCUUUGCUGCUGUAAUAAUCGGUUAAAAGUGAACAUUUUGUCGCCCUGUAGCAUGUCUUCUGCGAGGACUGUCUGUGUUUGUGGUUCGACCGCGAGCGAACAUGCCCGCUGUGCCGCUCCACUGUCAUUGAGACCCUGCGAUGCUGGAAGGACGGCACAACCUCGGCUCACUUCCAGAUCUACUGAAUCACACACAAAUCACAGGCAGCAAGAACGAUUAGAUGAGUUCAUGAAUGUGAGUUGGUAGUAUUUAGAGUGUUUUUUUUUUUCAUUCAUUCACUUUGGUAACUCUUUAAAUCAGGAUUACAGUAAUUGCUGGUGUGAUGGAGAUUUUAAUUUCAGAGGCAUUUGUUUAAACUAUGAUCACACUGUUUUCUCUGACAUCAGAAAAAGACACAGAAACCAAAUAUUGUCAGUUGCAGUUGGACUUUAGUCACAAAGUCAUGACAAUAGUCACAUGUUUAUGUGUUCAUGUAGACUUACAGCUGUUGUCAACUUUGAUAUUUGUCUUUCAUAGGUAAACAUUAUGAAGAAUGUUAAUUUCGUCAUGUUACAAUGUUAAAAACUGAGAUAAAUUCACAAUAUUUGCCGGUAAUUUGUACAAUUUUUAUUGUUUUAUUUAUAUUGGUGUGGUUGUAUACUUUUUUUAAAUCAUUCAACUGGUGUGUAACAGGUUUUGUUUUGUAUUUUAAAGAUUGUAAAAUAUGGUGGCCUUGAUGGGCAGCUAUAUGAAAAUGUUGUUUAAUGCCAACACAUUUCACUAAAACUUAAAAAAACUUCAUGCAUGAAACCUAAAAACAAUCCAUGAAACGCAAUACAUUGAUAAACAAAAUUGAUAAACAGUAACUUGCAAAAUGUAAAAAUAUUCCAUUAAACAAAAACAUUUUGCAAAACCCAAAUAUAUUUCAGUUAAUGGAAACAUUUCACAAAAUUUUAAACUGUUUAAUUACAUGUGGAAAAAAUUUUGCUAACUUCAAAUGUCAAAAUUUAAAAUUUACUGAAAAUGCAAAAACAUUUCAUGGAAUGCAAAAAUGAAAGAACAGAAAAUAUUUCAAGAAAUGCAAAUAUUUUCCACAAAAUGCAAAAACAAUUAAAAAAAUUACAAAACAUUUUUAAAAAUGCAAAAAAAUAUUAUUUUGGGGGAAAUGGAUAUUGGUUGCUCAGAUAUUGGUAACUUUCUGUGUUUUGCAUGCACAACAUCUUUUGCUUUGUCAUUUUAUGAAUUUCAUCUGUGUUCUUUGGUCUUCAAACUGUUUUACUGUAAUGAAUUUUCUUGCAUUUAUUGAAAUAUUUUCAUUUUUGCUAAUUUUCAAUGCCUUUUAUGAAUAACUUUUGCAUUACAGAAAUUUUUCCUUCAUUCAGUAAAAGUUUUUUCAUGUCCAUGAAUUGUUUUUGCAUUUGGCUUUCAGGGCCACCAUAGACAGCUAUUUGAGACUCUGUCCUUAGAAUGGACAGAGUCUGCCUCCUUGUUGGGUGAAGCCAAUCCGAGAACAGCACCCUCUGUUGAUGGGCUGCAGUAUAGGUUAUAAAUCCCGCCUCUGCCAGCAAAGCGACUGCGUGGCCAAAUGCGCGCAUCGCUACUGUGCAGCGCUGGUUUCAGGAAAUGAAGAAAAAUCCCGGAAUUACCGAGAGCUAUUUGGCUUCAAAUCCGUAUACAGGCGGUAGGCGGAGCCAAGUUGUCCAUAGUAUAUACAGCCUAUGGAUAAGCUUCAUACUUCAAACAUAAACUUUCAGACUGUUAGAGAUGGAAAAUCAGUCCAAAUGUACUUAAAGACAAUAAGAAAUGAUCUCAUCCAUCGAUCAAUAAAUUUGAUAUUGGGUGAUUAAGGUAAGUUGGCGUGAGACUUGAAAUCAUCCAGAUUGUAACUAGUGUGUAGUUUUAGUUUUUGUUUAUUCCAUCAAGGCCCCAUAAGCAAGUUAUUUGUAGAUUUGUGGCGCAUAUGGUGCAGAAUUAAAAAGUUUGUAGGGUUCACUUGUCCUUAUAUAAAAGUUGCUUCUCUUUGACAAUGCAAAGACUUUUUUAUUUUCUAUAAAUUAUGUUGACAUGAAUUGUUUCUUGGUUUGCAUAAAAAUGUCAUGACUUCAAAGUGCUGUGAGAUUGUCCGGUGUAAAUUAAAGCACUUCAGCUGAGCUCAUUCCCCGUCUUCUGCAACAACACCUGCAGAGAGUUUAUUACAGAAAGCUUUCUUUUAUUUCAGCUACUAAAAAUCCAUAUGAAAUAAUUAAUCAGUAUAAAUAGCACACACCUUAUAAAAGACAGCCUCAGUAAAUUUUGCUCACAUUACACUUAAUAUAUAAGAAAAAAAGCUUAUUUCCAAACAGCAUUAACAGCAUAGCUUCCUAUGCACAGGUCCUGUCCAUGUUGAUGGUUAAAAAGCCACUUAACACUGCCCCCAACAGAUAAUGCUAAAGCACAGGAGAAUAUGUAAACAUCAUCUAAACACUGUAGAAAACAUCUAUAAAAACAUUCAUCUUCAUUAUUCACAUUUGUACACAUAGAAUAGCUUAUGUAGAAAAGUACAGUGCAUUAUGAAGCUUAUAAACGGGUUUAUUGAAGUGCAUUUUGAAUGCAUUUGAAGGUCAAACCAGUGUAAUUCCUCUGCAAUUGAUGCCCUCACAUUGUGGGAGGUGUAAAUUCAAAGCAGUCCUAUUAGUAAGCUUUUCCCUCCACUCUACCAGGGGAGGAUUACAUCACCGUUUUGUUACUGGGAUGACAGAAUGGGAGAGUCACGCAGGGGGCAGGACCUGCAGCUGACUGACUGCAGGGCUGCUGGGGUUCAGUGUGUCAGCUC